AUGACGACGGUCAACGGAGAUUUGUUAUGCGAACGGAAGAAAUGUACGUUCAACCCUCUUGAACUCACACACUUUCUGGACGGAGGUCCGGAAAGAACGGCGUUACGUCGAGAGAGAGAGGAAUAUUUUAUAAGCGAUCCAGAGUUUCGGGACGACAUCCCUACAAAAUACAGGAGUCAUAAGGACGUCUAUGAACACGCUCUACGAAAAGGAUGCCACGUUCUUCGGAAAUUGCAGGAACUGGAGAGCGAGGGAAAAGCGGAUAUCGACGUAUUCUCACAAAUAUUAGGAGGCAUGAUGGGAACCGCGAUCAUGACGGAAGGGAAUCCUUUAACUUUACAUUUUGUCAUGUUUAUCCCAGCUAUAAUGGGGCAAGGCACGUAUGAACAGCAAGGAUACUGGAUGGGUAGAGCAUGGACGUGUGAUAUUAUUGGUACAUAUGCUCAGACUGAAUUAGGUCACGGGACAUUUGUUAGAGGACUGGAAACGACUGCAACCUACGAUUCUACCACGAAGGAAUUUAUCUUGGACAGCCCGACGUUAACGUCUUACAAGUGGUGGCCUGGAGGGUUGGGUCAUACUGCCAAUUACGCCGUUGUCGUUGCACAGCUGUACAUCAAUGGCCUGUGCAAAGGGGUGCAUCCUUUUAUCGUACAACUUCGAAAUGAAGAGACACACGAGCCGAUGCCAGGGAUCAAAAUCGGUGAAAUUGGUAUAAAGUUGGGGAUGAACGGGACCAACAAUGGGUUUCUCGGAUUCGAAAACGUAAGGAUACCUCGGGAGAACAUGCUGAUGAAGAACUCACAGGUUUUGGAAGAUGGCACCUACGUUAAAGCUUCUAACGAUAAGUUAACCUACGGCACGAUGAUGUUCGUUCGCGUUGUCCUAAUUCGGGAUAUAUCGAGAUACUUAUCAAAGGCUGUGACCAUUGCUGUCAGAUACAGCGCCGUCAGACGACAAGGUCAAAUUAGAUCCGACGAGCCAGAAACGCAGAUUAUUGACUACGUGACACAGCAGUACAAAUUGUUUCCCAACUUGGCGGCGUGCUAUGCCUUCGUUAUGUCUGCUGAUUGGAUUUGGGAGAUGUACAACAACGUUACCGCCGAACUCGAUAAAGGAGAAUUGGAGAGACUUCCCGAGUUACACGCCUUGGCUUGUUGUUUGAAAUCGGUGGCUACCUCGGAUGCAGCAACAGGCAUAGAGCAAGUUCGCCUUGCUUGUGGUGGGCACGGUUACAUGGACUCUAGCAAUUUACCAGCAACUUACGGCUUCGUCACCGCGGCUUGUACCUACGAGGGAGAAAAUACUGUGUUACUGUUGCAAACCGCUCGGUACUUGGUGAAAGCUUGGAAACAAGCUGCCAGCGGACGACCUUUGCCCCCGACGGUGGAGUACUUAACGCGUCACUUUAAAAAGAUAAAAUACAGACCUUGGAAGAAUACUUUGACCUGCAUUGUCUCCGCUCAUGAAGCUGUCGCUGCCGGGAAAAUUCAAUCCGCUACAGAGAACAUGGACAGAAGGAUCCGUGCAGGUGUACCUGCAGAAGACGCUUGGAAUCAGACUAGCAUAGAGUUGGCUCAAGCCGCGGAGUCUCACUGUCGGUCUUUUUUGGUCAUGAGAUUCGUCGAGUCCGUUAGGAAUUUAAUGUCAGUUUCUCAUGAAUUGCAUACAGUACUUAUGCAAUUGUGCGAACUAUACGCCGUGCACUGGGUGUUGCAGAGGGUCGGAGACUUUCUAAUGUUUUCCACUUUGGAUGUUAAAGACGUACCGGCCCUCCGAAAACGCCUCGAAGAGUUACUUGCAGCCAUUCGACCGAAUGCCGUCGGUCUUGUCGACGGUUUCGACAUACGCGAUGAGAUUUUAAAUUCCACUUUGGGAGCUUACGACGGUAAUGUUUACCAGCGACUUUUCGAAGCGGCCAUGAAAAGUCCUUUGAAUCAAGAAAGCGUCAAUAAAUCGUUUCACGAUUACUUGAAGCCAUUUAUCAAAAGCAAUUUAUAGUUACGACAAGACCGGUGUUUACAAAUAUUACUCGUUGCUGAUCAAGUAUUAUGUACGGGUCUUGUAAGGAAAAUGUUACGUGCCUGGCGCAUCAACGUGUAAUGAAUAUCGUCUGGUAUGGGAAUCACAAUAUUUUCUAUGUAUUCAAAGUGAUAUAAAAAACAGCCGUACUAAGUACGCGAAGGAAUUAAAGGGUCAAGUAUCGCGAUGAAAUAUUAUGUAAGCUAGCGAUAGAUUAUCAUGGACUUGUUAUGCCAAUUAAUCUUCCGAGUUUAACCAAUAAGAUGUGCAAAUCUGUUUGCCUAACUAUGGCGAGCAGAAGAGAUGAUAUUAGUAGCUUUAUCGGGAGUUUAUUUCAGCUCAAAGUGUUUCCAUUAAGUCUGGCCAGAAAACGGCAAAGACCGAAUAAUUUAAUUAAAAUAAUGCUGUAUGGUGAUCGCAUGGGUGAUAAAUGGUUAUUACAAAUAGUAUAUUUUAUACGAAUUUUAGUAAGAAAUAAGAGAGGUUAAUGGAUGGAAACACGAUGGUCCAAGUAGUUCCGUUUAGAUGAUUUUACACUUUUAAUAGCGCUGAUAUUCCCUGACGUUUACGGCGAGAAAAUCGAAGUAUCUUUUAGCAAUAAUACUCAAAGGAGACGAAAAAAUCGUAGGACCGCCAGUAGCUUUUGUAAAAAAUUUUCGAGAUCAUAUGUACGAAGGACGACUCCUCAAGUACCUUACAUAGUACAGUGUUUAUUUACAGAAUAGGAGCGACGACAUACAAUAUUAUUUGUUAUCAUACUAGUAUAGUGCAAUUAUUAUUAAUUCCUGUUAAUUAAUAAUAAUGUGUUAUUAUCGUACGCGCCUGCGAGAGCGAUAACGCGAGAAUCCUAUAUUCUUCCUUCGUAUUUUUCUCUCUCUCUUUUUUUUCUUCUUUUUGUCCACAAAAGUUCUCAACUUCGGAAAGUCGUCUUAUCAGGCGAACACCGAAGCAUCCUAUAAAUAACGCGAUUCCUUGUACCGGCAUGUAGUUAACGGAACGUGAGUGUUCUAGCCUUCGAAGCAAGGUCCGCUAACCAAUGAAGAUAAGGUAUACCUUUAGGCGGUGAUAACGUUCAACACGUUUUGUAAUAAAAUGUCUGAGAUCCUAACA